CAGCCCGGUGCUGCGCACACUGGCCCAGAGGAAGCCCAGCAUGCCACUGGAUGAUGGCAUGCGGAUUGCCAUGCGGGAAUGGCAGCACAAGAGCAACUUUGACCGCAUGAUCUACUAUGAAAUGGCAGAAAAGUUCACGGAGUUUGAGGCAGAGGAGGAGAUACAAGUUCAAAACCUGGCGUGGAAGAAAGAGAACCUGUGCCAGCCCCCACCAACACCACAGCAGCCGGCUCCUCCUGGGCCCCCAAGCCCUGUGGCCCUCCAGCAACCAGAGCAUGCCCACAGGAAGAGCAGCUCCAAGGUUCUGCCCACCAAACCCUUGCCACAAAGACACCAGGCCUCUCGGAACAGGACACCCAAGGAGAUCCCUCCAGAGGCCGUGAGCGAGUACAUGGACAUCAUGGAUGCACUGCUGGAGCUGCAGCCCUCAGCCUCGGGCCAGCCCAGUGAACAGCCAGAAGAGGACGCCAUGCUGGAGCCCCAGCAGGAGGGACUGGGCCCCGACCCAGACCUCCUGACUUACCUUGACGAGCUGUGCUCCCAAGAUGACUUUGUCACCAAGGUGGAGGCCAUCAUCCACCCCCGAUUCCUGGCAGAGCUCCUUUCACCAAAUCCACAGCUGGAUCUCGUGGCCCUAGCCCAAGAGCUGGACAAGGACAAGGACAAGGAC